GGUGACGUCGGCACAUUGCUGAUUUGUUUCUGCUGACCAGAAGCACAUGACCACAUGAUCAGGCGUGUUUACACCUGCACAUACAGCACACAACACUCGCUGUCAAACUUUGAGAAAAAGGAACCACGGUUGAAGUAUUCUGUUAUUUGUUCAGCGGUAAACGUGGUUUAAUAGUCAUUGAGCCCAGGAAACCAGCCCUCUGUCCACCAUGGGCGAGACAGAUGUGGAACAGGUGACCUUGGCUCUGCUCGAUGCAGCUAAUGAUAAAGACUCUGACGUCCAGGCUCAGGUGAGGAAGUCAAUACUGACUCUGGGAAACGAGCAGCCUGACAGAGUGCUUGCUAUGUGUCAGGACUAUCUGCUAAAACACCCCAAGUUGGUCGUGAGUCAUAGAGUUGUGAUUCUUCAAACCAUUGAACUGAUAGUUAGCAGCAAGAUAGAUGCAAUCACCUACCCAAGGAUCAAGAGCAUCAUCUCCUUGGCCUCAGAUGAGAUGACACGAUCUAAGGAAGUUGUCCCUGACUGGCAGCAAGCAGCCAGUAACAUUCUGGUAGCAGUGGGCAACAAACACAUCAAUGACAUAAUGGAGGAGAUACUCAGCAAGUUUCAACCUGGAGUCUUGCCUCACUUUUUUGUGGUUCAGACAUUAGCCAACCUCUCUGAUUCCAAUGUUUAUGGCAUGGUGCCUUUCCUAAAUGCAAUCCUUGGUACCAUGUUGCCUAUGCUAAGCCUUAUCAAACAAGACAACAUGAAGUGGGUCUUCUCAUCAGCUUUGUGCCAUUUCAGUGACAGUAUUUUGGAGUACCUUGCCAAUCUGGACAAAGCUCCAGAUCCCACUGUUAGACAAGACACAUUCUCAAGUGAAAUAUGUGCUGCUUUUGACAUCCUCUUUAAUAAUUGGUUACAAAGCAGAGAAUCGAAGUUGAGGCUAACAGUUGCUGAGGCAGUGGGCUCAAUGUGUCAUCUGAUGGCCAGCGACAAACUGGAAGAGCAGAUUCCCAAGCUCAUUCCUGCCAUUCUUGCAUUGUAUAAGAAAAACAAUGAACACUACAUCAUUAGCAAGAGUCUUUGCCGUGUUCUUGAUGCUUCUGUUAACAUGGGAAGCAGGGUGUUGGAGACCCAGCUGGACAGCCUGAUCUUUGCACUGCACCAACAGGUGUCUUCCUCUGUUGAUUACAGUAACCCUCCCACAGUCAAGAACCACAAUGAGGUUCUUCGUUGCUUCAGUCUUUUGGCAAACGCCUUCCCAGACCGACUGGUCAUGUUUGUUCUUCAGAAGCUAGAGAACAGCAAUGAGCGGAGUAGGUUUGGCUCUCUGGCUGUCCUGCGUCACCUCAUCAACUCCAGCACUUCCAUGAUGGAGACUAAGAAGCUUCUGAUUCUAGCCAGCAUUAGGCAACCAAUGGCUGACCACAGUAACAAGGUUAAGAAGCGUGUUGUCCAGGUAAUCAGUGCCAUGGCCCAUCACGGUUACCUCGAGUUGGAUGGAGGAGAGUUAUUAGUGCGAUUUAUAGUUCAACACUGUGCAUUACCAGACACAUAUCAGCGUGGACAGAAACCUGCAGACCCAGAAGAGGUAACAAAUGAGGCACUGAGGACGAUGUGUGAUAAUACCCUUCAUCUUCUGACGACAACUGUUGCACGUCUGGCUGAUGUGCUUUGGCCAAAGUUGCUCUACUACCUGACACCUCCACAGUACAGCAAUGCAACCACUCCACUGUGUAAGAGUCUGAUUGUACUGGGCCAGAAAAAGAAAGAGAACAAGGAACCAACUUUCAUUAUAGACUUUUCUCAGGAAGUCAAUCUUCCAUCGCCUCAAACACUGAUGAUCAAACUUCUUGUCAAUGCAGCAUUUCCAUUUAAUACCAGAGGUCAUGGAGCUCCGUCACUCUCGCUCCUACAAAUUCUCUCGAUCAACAUUCACCGCAACACAGAGGCUGUCUGGGACAAGGAGAUCCCUCAUCUACUGACUGUACUUGAAGAGUCAACCGCAGAGAGCCUCGAUAAGAAAAGUUGGGAUGAAAAUCUGCUAAAGCUCCUGUCCAAAACUUUGGUGGCUGUUGAUGAUGACACCUGGGUGUGCCAGUUUGCGGCAGAAGCAACAAGUUAUUUGUCCACGUAUAACAAUGCAUUGGAGGAAAAGAGUUUCCUGUAUCAGUGCAUUGGUGUGACCCUCCAGCAGUCUUUCAACAAGAACUUUGUUAAAAAACAGUUGCAGGAAAUCCUCCUCACAGCAAGACACAAUGAUGAUGUUGAAAGAAAGGGUGUGGCUCUCGGCAUUGGAUUGUGUGCCAACAGCCAUCUAGAAGGAACUCUAGCCAAACUGGAUGAGUUUGGAAAGUCAGAUGCGUUCAAGAAAUCUCCAAGCAUCUUCAACCUGCUCAAAGAUCGUAAUGACGUUGAGCUGGAGAAGGUGAAGAGCACAUUAAUCUUGUGUUAUGGUCAAGUGGCUGUGAACGCUCCUCCAGAAAAGAUCCUGAAUCGCAUUGAUCAAGAUAUUCUUCGCAGCAUCAGUAAACAUUUCAACACUAAGGUUCUGGGCAUUAAAGUAGAGACAAAGGAUUUGACAAUGAAACUGAGUUUGAUCCAGAGUGUUGGCCUUGUUGCCAAAGCUAUCAGUGAAUGUGUGAAGAAACAAGGCUACGUCUUCUCCCGCAAACAAGAGCUUAUUGCCGUUAUGCAGGAUUUUAUAAAGGCAGAGCCGUCUGAUGCACUUCGGACCCCUGUGCGCCACCUUGUCAUGAGCACUUGUGCCAACCUAAUGCCUCUUGACCCACCACUGAGUGAGAAUGAAAGUUUUGACUUGCUGAAGGUCUGUGUGAAUAGUGUGUUCUCUCUGCCACCUGAGACACACACUCCGGAGAAAACGACGAAAGAUGAUGAAGUAUUAGACCCUAAACAAAGAAAGGCCUUGUACAAAGACACAAUAUCUUCACUGCACGAGUUACUGAGUAGUGUGCUCGCCAAUGAUCCUACGCCUGAUAGUUUACAGAGUGUAUUCAAGCACGUUGAAUGCUGGUUGACCUCGACACAAGACCAUGAAAGAAAGCGAGCUAUCUCAGCCACUGCUCACAUGCUGACUCACUAUCUGGAAAACAUGACAGUAAAGAACGUGGUGUCCUUCCAUAACCUUGGAGCUCUCCUGGGUCGACUGUCUCCACGUUGCUCAGACCCUUACUUUGCAGUCCGCUUCACUGCCAUCGACUGUUUAUACAUAUUGCUUUCUAUUCAACUACGCUACGAAGGUUUCGCUCUCGACUAUAAAGAUGAUGCUGUGGAGGGUCUAUUGCUUCUUAAAAUCCAACUGGAAAACCCUGACCAUUCAAUUCUUUACAAGACCUGCUCUGAGCUCACCAAGGUGAUGAGUAAGCGUCUGCCUCAGCAGCAAAUGACCACAUUGGUGUUCAUGUUGUUUGAGGGGCUUGUUGACAGUCAGACAAACUGUUGCAGAGCUUCAGCGGUCAUCUUGAACACAUUGCUAAAGAACAGAGGUGGUGGACUACAAGAAAUGGUACCAGAGAUGCUGGAGGUUCUUCACGUUCAGCUACAGAGCAUCGCCGAGGAGCAGGUGAGAGUGGCAGUUGGUCAGACGGUACUAAUAAUGGCCUCUCAGCAUCUCCAGAUCGUUGUGAACACGUUGGUAGAGCAACCACUUCCAUAUGACAGCUGGACCAGUGAGAUGUGGAUGGCUCUGGGAGCAGACCCCAUUGUGGCCAGUCAAAUCAUAGAGAUGGUGAUGGAGAAACUUGCUGUCAUGGCGCCCUACGUGGACAAGAAAGAGUCCAUGAUCAGAGGAGGAACAACCAAAGUGGCUACGCAUAAGCCACUUGCUAUGACAUGUGGUCUUAAGGAUUUGUUAUUAAACGGCCAGUGUCAAGAGCCAGCGCUCAGCAAGUUUCCUCAGCUCUUUGCCUGUCUCAUUGUCCGAAUGGCAGGAAGUGUCGGCGUCUCGGCACCAAAGGAUAUCAACACCAAACGCACUGCCGCCAUCCACGUUGCAGGAGUUGCGGCUGAUGCAUUGAGAAUCCUGCUUGCAAGAGCUCAAUUAGAUGAGGUGUUAAAAAGACUGGAUGAGGAUAAAGCCUGGGAUGCAAUGAAGGAACAGAGCACACAUAACACUGGAGUAACGCUACUAGCAAGGGCGAUGGCAAAACAUGCUGGUCCCAGGUUGCCUGCUAUUGUUGAGUGUUUAUGCCCUUCCUUGAACAACAUCUAUGAGUGUCAGCGCAUCACCGUCACAGCUUUUUUCUCUGAGCUCUUGAACCAUCACGUGGCUACAGAGUUGAUGUUUAUUGACGUGUUAAUGAACAAUAUGAUGGAACGGAUAUCAGAUCCUUGCUGUACUGUCCGCAUGCUGGCCGUGCGGGGUCUUGGAAACAUAGCUGUCGGAUCACCUGAAAAGGUAAAUAAAUAUGCCAAAGAGCUACUGGCGGCCAUGAGUUCAGGCAUGGAGGAGAAAGACGACCCAGGCAAACUUAUUACACUUGAGGCCAUGUCAGGUUUGUCAAAGGUUCUUCUCUACCUGGACAAAAAUAAUGUCCACCUACUGGUGGUUUACAUCUUCAUGAAGAUCAAGCCAUUUUUAGAGAGUGAGAAUGAUGAGAUUCGAUGUGCUUCCAUUCAUCUCAUGGGAAAACUGUCCAAAUUUGGGUCUGGAGAGCCAGUGUUCAAGGACCAGAUCCACAACGUCCUGGUCAGCCUGCUUUUACACCUAGUUGAUCCAAACCCACAUGUGGUCAAGGCUUGCAAAUAUGCGAUGCGUGUAUGCGCUCCAAUGGUGGGCUCGGAGCAGAUCACAACCAUGUUUCAGAACCACCUCUAUGAGGACAAGAGCUUGCACUACGGCGAGUUCAUUAAUGAUCUCACCAAGUAUCUGAUCCAGGAUUUUCCUGGCAUGCUGAACUUCUACCACAUCUCCGUCCUGCAGUUCUUCAAGAGCAACUGGUCUGAAGUUCGAGCUGGAGCUGCCAUGUUUAUAGGCUUUCUAUUGGGGAACCUUCCAGAGGAGCAUUACUCUCAUCUCAACAUGGGCACCAUUACGAAGGGUCUUGUGAUGCUACUCCAAGAUCCUGACCCUGUAGUAAGAGUGAAGGCAGCAGAGGCCAUGGGACAUUUCCACUGACACAAACAUCCCUAUGUCAGUUAGGUCGUUGUGAUGUACACGCCGAUGUGAAUUAGUCUAAUAUUUUUAAAAUCAGUCGUGCUAUUAGUUGCUAUGUGUAUAUGUUGUAUAUUUUUUACGCAACUGCAGUCCUCAAGCAAUUAAAGGAGACUUACUGUUUUAAUGACCUCAUACAGAUAAAACUUGCACUUAAAUAUAUGUAGCCUUAUAAGUGUUUUGCCACUUCAUAGAAAUUAUUUUUUUUUUGUUUUGUUUUAGCAGCCAAAGAUUAGAGUUAGAGUAGAAAUUACAUACUGUAUACCUGUCACGAUAUAUUUCUUAUAUUAUGUUUAUAUUAAUAAAAAAAUGUAGUUUCUUUAAAUAUUGUACGGAUGACUCAAAUUUUCAAACACAAAAUUGUACUUUAUAUUGGCCUGGGUGCUGGGUCUUUAUUUUAAAUAAUUUAUAUUUUGCUAACAAUUAUGGAAUUCACUUAACUUUCAUUUUUAUUUGUUAUUUUGGUCUCUCCUGGUUUUGUAGUAGCUUCAGCUUACCAAUAUCCCAGUUACGGCUAAAGGACUAAUAGUAUAAAUGUGUCAACUCGACUGAUGUGGACCAUAAGUUUAGCUUUAUUUUUUCAGGUACAGGCCACAUGAACAAACAGCAGCAGCCAGUCAUAAUUGAUCCUGCAGUGCAAUAAUAUGGCCCAAUUUGUAUUCCGAUCUGUGUUAGGAGAAGCCUGUUUCUAUUUGUGCCAAAAUGUCUUAUAGAGCAUAUUCGCACUUUUUUCUAUGUAACAAAGUUAUUUUUUUUUCUUUCCCCCUCUAUGUCAUUGUUUGCAAUUUUUUUUUUUUUUUUUUUUAAUGCCCCCGAGCCCCCUUCCAUGUCAUUGUUCACAAUUUAAAUGUAUGUCAGUCUUGUAUCUGAUGAAAUGGCAGUUGGGGGUUCAGUAGAGAAAUAAAUAUUUUUUUAUAUUUUUGGAGCACUUUAAAAUAUGCAGUUUUACCUUUAAUAACAAUAAACAAACAAGGUAAAAAUAUGUUGUUGUUUUAACAUUCCAUCAAGCCCAUCCAUCACUUAUGUUAGGCCCUCCACAGUGUAUUAAGUACUGGUAAAUGUAAGCAGCUGUUCCUGGAUUCAGGGUCAGACAAUUUUUGUGUAAAUGGGAAAUCAAAUUACUCUGUAUUGUUUGGAAACAAUUAAUAAAUGAAAGUAUAAUUAUAUGACUUUUCAUAUUUACUAUA